CCUUACAGCCCAGGCCGCGACGGGAGUGAGGCUGCGGCGAGUGAGGCGCUGACAGGGACUCGCGGGGGCAUCUUGCACAGACCCCUGGACCACGCCGCCAUCGCAGCCUCCCACCCAGUCCUCUCUCUGCCGCUUCUCCUCGCCAUGGAGGCGAGGCCGCCGCCGCCGCCGCGGGGCUUCGAGCAGCGGACCGGGCGGCGGCCCUGAGGGGAGCGGCGGGCCGAGACGCCGCCGCGGUCCUGAGGCGGAGCUGCCGUGCGCGUCCCCCGCGGUCCCGCCCAGCGCCGGGCUCGUGUCAGUCCCAAGGAUGGAUUUCAGUUUGUCAGGAUUGCCAGCAGGCUCCUUCACCUGCUGAGCCAUCUGCCUGCACCCAACCUCCCAGCCCCAUGUUUUUCUUACUUAUCAGAAGCAGUCAGCAUGGAUUCCUGGUUCAUUCUUGUCCUGUUUGGCAGUGGUCUAAUACACGUUAGUGCCAACAAUGCUACUACAGUUUCACCUUCUUUAGGAACUACAAGAUUAAUUAAAACAGCAACAACAGAAUUGGCUAAGGAAGAGAAUAAAACCUCAAAUUCAACUUCUUCAGUAAUUUCUCUUUCUGUGGCACCAACAUUCAGCCCAAACCUAACUCUGGAACCCACCUAUGUGACUACUGUUAAUUCUUCACACUCUGACAAUGGGACCAGGAGAGCAGCCAGCACGGUAUCUGGAGGCACUACCAUUUCCCCGAACGGAAGCUGGCUUAUUGAGAACCAGUUCACGGAUGCCAUAACAGAACCCUGGGAGGGGAACUCCAGCACUGCAGCAACCACUCCAGAAACCUUCCCCCCGGCAGGUAAUUCUGACUCAAAAGACAGGAGAGAUGAGACACCAAUUAUUGCAGUGAUGGUGGCCCUGUCCUCUCUGCUAGUGAUCGUGUUUAUUAUCAUAGUUCUGUACAUGUUAAGGUUUAAGAAAUACAAGCAAGCUGGGAGUCAUUCCAACUCUUUCCGCCUGUCAAAUGGCCGCACGGAGGAUGUGGAGCCCCAAAGUGUACCACUUCUGGCCAGGUCCCCAAGCACCAACAGGAAGUACCCACCACUGCCUGUGGACAAGCUGGAAGAGGAGAUUAACCGGAGAAUGGCUGAUGACAAUAAGCUCUUCAGAGAAGAAUUCAACGCUCUCCCUGCUUGUCCUAUCCAGGCCACCUGUGAGGCUGCUUCCAAGGAAGAAAACAAGGAAAAAAACCGCUAUGUAAACAUCCUGCCCUAUGACCACUCUAGAGUGCACCUGACACCUGUUGAAGGGGUCCCAGAUUCUGAUUACAUCAACGCUUCAUUCAUUAAUGGCUACCAGGAAAAGAACAAAUUCAUCGCUGCACAAGGACCAAAAGAAGAAACAGUAAAUGACUUCUGGAGAAUGAUAUGGGAACAAAACACAGCUACUAUUGUCAUGGUGACCAACCUGAAGGAGAGAAAGGAGUGUAAAUGCGCCCAAUACUGGCCAGACCAAGGCUGCUGGACCUACGGGAAUGUCCGUGUGUCUGUCGAGGAUGUGACUGUUCUGGUGGACUACACAGUACGGAAAUUCUGCAUCCAGCAGGUGGGCGACGUGACCAACAGGAAACCACAGCGCCUCAUCACUCAGUUCCAUUUCACCAGCUGGCCAGACUUUGGGGUGCCUUUCACCCCAAUUGGCAUGCUCAAGUUCCUCAAGAAGGUGAAAGCCUGUAACCCUCAGUAUGCAGGGGCUAUCGUGGUCCACUGCAGUGCAGGUGUAGGGCGCACUGGCACCUUUGUUGUCAUCGAUGCCAUGCUGGACAUGAUGCAUUCGGAGCGCAAAGUGGAUGUAUAUGGGUUUGUGAGCCGGAUCCGGGCCCAGCGCUGCCAGAUGGUACAGACAGACAUGCAGUACGUCUUCAUAUACCAGGCCCUUCUAGAGCAUUAUCUGUAUGGGGACACAGAACUGGAAGUGACUUCUCUAGAAACCCACCUACAAAAAAUUUAUAACAAGAUCCCAGGGACUAGCAACAACGGGUUAGAGGAGGAGUUUAAGAAAUUAACUUCAAUCAAAAUCCAGAAUGACAAGAUGCGCACAGGAAACCUUCCAGCCAACAUGAAGAAGAACCGGGUUUUACAGAUCAUUCCAUAUGAAUUUAACAGAGUGAUCAUUCCAGUCAAACGAGGCGAAGAGAACACAGACUAUGUGAACGCAUCCUUCAUUGAUGGCUACCGGCAGAAAGACUCCUACAUUGCCAGCCAGGGCCCUCUUCUCCACACGAUUGAGGACUUCUGGCGAAUGAUCUGGGAGUGGAAGUCCUGUUCUAUCGUAAUGCUGACAGAACUGGAAGAGAGAGGCCAGGAGAAGUGUGCCCAGUACUGGCCAUCUGAUGGCCUGGUGUCCUAUGGAGACAUCACAGUUGAGCUGAAGAAGGAGGAAGAAUGUGAAAGCUACACUGUCCGAGACCUCCUGGUCACCAACACCAGGGAGAACAAGAGUCGGCAAAUCCGGCAGUUCCACUUCCACGGCUGGCCUGAGGUGGGCAUCCCCAGCGACGGCAAGGGCAUGAUCAAUAUCAUUGCAGCAGUGCAGAAGCAGCAGCAGCAGUCGGGGAACCAUCCCAUCACCGUGCACUGCAGAACUUGUUUCAGAGAGCAGCCACGUUGGUGUCUGUGCACACAGCAUCCCUUCAGAGAGCCUGCCCUGAGCAUCCUGCCAUGGAACAGUGCCGGGGCAGGACGGACAGGAACCUUCUGUGCCUUGAGCACAGUCCUGGAACGUGUGAAAGCAGAAGGAAUUUUGGAUGUCUUCCAAACUGUCAAGAGCCUGCGGCUGCAGAGGCCACACAUGGUCCAGACACUGGAACAGUAUGAAUUCUGCUACAAGGUGGUACAGGAGUACAUUGACGCCUUUUCAGACUAUGCCAACUUCAAAUGACAGGUGACAAGGCCCACAGACAGGAGAAUUGCCUUUAAUAUUUUGUAAUAUUCUGUUUUUGUUAAUAUACCCAAAAUUGUAUAUAUCUUAUAACUGUUUUAGAAAUGGCACAUAGGCUUCUAUUACCUGUUAGGUGGAGAUUUUGUAUGUAAAUGUGUUAGCACUGAUAGUCCUUUUCCAGUGUUUUAUUGGGAAAUUAAAUAGUGUGAUAUUUGGGUUGAUAUAAUGAAAUCCUCAGCCUGGAAACUGGGCCAGAUUGUUCUUUGCUUCAAAUGUCUUUUCCUAAAGAAGAUAAACAUAAGACUCAUUCCAGGUAGCUCGGUGCCAACUAAAACAAAGCACAAAGUUCUCGGAGCUCUUGAGGAAAUGGUUGUCUCCCUGUCCCCAGGCAGGCCUCUUCCCCUCCCCGUCCUGUAAAUAUCCCUCCCCUCUCCAGUCCACCCUCAUCUCCCACCAAGAUCAGCCACCUCAGGCAUGGGGAGUAAUGAGACCAGAGCGCCUCUCUGGCACCACAGCAGGGACCAUCAGGUAAUAAACACUCUUGCUUCCCUGA